GGGGUGGAUGAAGGACCAGAUGGGCUGAGGCUGAUCUCAGACAUUAUCCAUGAGAAACUGGGAAUAGAGAUGAGCGUCCUCAUGGGGGCCAACAUUGCUAAUGAAGUGGCAGACGAGAAAUUCUGUGAAACAACCAUCGGCUGCAAGAACACGAAGAGUGGGCAGAUGCUGAAGGAGCUGAUGCAGACGCCGAACUUCCGCGUGACGGUGGUGCAGGAUGCCGACACCGUAGAGAUCUGUGGGGCUCUCAAGAAUAUUGUGGCUGUAGGAGCUGGUUUCUGUGAUGGGCUGGGUUACGGAGACAACACGAAGGCUGCCGUGAUCCGUCUGGGACUGAUGGAGAUGAUUGGCUUUGCCAAGCUCUUCUGUAAGGGCCCCGUCACCACCUCCACCUUCCUGGAGAGCUGCGGGGUCGCCGACCUCAUCACUACCUGCUACGGUGGCCGCAACCGCAAGGUGGCCGAGGCUUUCGCCAAGACUGGGAAGUCUAUUGAGCAGCUGGAGAAGGAGAUGUUGAACGGGCAGAAGCUGCAGGGUCCCCAGACAUCUGCUGAGCUGCACCACAUCCUGAAAAGCAAGAACGCGGUGGAGAAGUUCCCCCUCUUCACAGCGGUGUAUCAGAUCUGCUACGAGGGCAAACCUGUCACCGAUGUCAUCAAGUGUCUCCAGAACCACCCUGAGCACAUGUAG